CUGCGGCCCAGGUCCCGCCCCUCGUGUCCUCGCUGUAUCCGGCAGGGUUAAUAAAGUUGCAGCGGUUUGACAUUAGCGGCGGACAACAUGGCGGUCUCCACGCUCGGCUCUCUGCUGCGGACAGUCCGGCAGGUGGUUCCUUCAUCAGCUUCAGGCCAAGUUCGAAGUUACUAUGUAGAUUGGAAAAUGUUGCGUGAUGUGAAGAGAAGAAAAAUGGCCUAUGAGUAUGCAGAUGAGAGGCUUCGGAUCAAUUCUCUCAGGAAGAAUACCAUUCUGCCAAAAGACCUUCAGGAAGUGGCUGAUGAAGAAAUUGCUGCCCUUCCCCGGGAUAGCUGUCCUGUUAGAAUCAGAAAUCGGUGUGUUAUGACAUCCCGUCCACGAGGUGUAAAGCGGCGCUGGAGGCUUAGUCGUAUCGUCUUCCGUCACUUAGCCGACCAUGGGCAACUGUCUGGGGUGCAGCGAGCAAUGUGGUAAUCAUCAGCUCCAGAACCUACUGAGCUUACAGGAAAACCAGUUCUGGCAAGAGGAGACUUCUCUAACAGACAAAAACCUACUUUUUAUGGGGGUCCAGAAUAAAGGUCUUCUCUACCUGAUGCUGUCUAUAGUUAAGUUACUUUUAAAUUUUAAAUGAAAAAAUUUGGAAGUUUCAUUCUGUCAGUGAAUUAUCUUUUCUCUUGGACUUAAUUACUGUUCCCAAGCAUAGUGUGAAGAGUAGAGUAAUAAAAAAUAUUUCU